ACCUGGUACUGAGCGUCAACCGCGCCUUUGCGUCAUCACGCAGCGACAAGGAAGUGCGGCGUCCUUCACUUCACCACAGCCUGCGCACGUUAUGGAGGACCUGUGUUUGUAGUUUAUUAACAGUAUUACCUUUUGUUUUUUAAGGUUUGAUGGAGUGACAGGAGCGAGCAGCAGCGGUGUUUGGGACUGAUAAAUGGUUUUGUGAGUUUUUAAGCGUUGAAUCCGGUCAAGCAGUGAUGACAGCUCCAAACUCUGCAGAGAGGAAGGCCUGCUGGGACGCCAGGGACAGACUAUGGAAAUGUCUGGAUGACAAUCAGGACAAAGCUGCAUCCUGCCAGAAGUUCCAGAGCGAGUUUGAGGCAAAUUGCCCGGCUCAGUGGGUGAAAUAUUUCACCAAGAGGAGAGACUUCCUGAAAUUCAAAAAGAAGAUGGAGAAGGAUAGCUUCACGCCUGCUGAAGGCCCACGCCAGCCUUCCUAACCAGCAGACAGCAGACCAUCAGAAUCUGCAGACUGACUUUUAGCCUUAUUCAGACCAGGGCCAGAGGUGCAGGACUCGGAGCGGAUUUUAAAAACUUUACUGUGGACGGAGUACCCAUUUAUUUAUUUGUACCAGUGUAAGCUGCAUCAAGAAACCAUGAGCGACCUGAAUUGUUUGAGUUGCUCUCAUCAGAAAUGCGUGACACCAGCUCAUGUUAACCCGCUCAGCUGCUCUGAGAUGUUGCUCAACAAAAGAAAUGGAAACUACGACAGGGGAAAUUUCAGUGAAUCCAGUUUUCCCGGCCAGUUGGAUUUCCCCGUGGAGAACCUUUUCUAUUGUUCCUUGUGAACAUUUAAAUGAUGUUGAAAUACUCCUGCAGCUCUGACACAUAUCCACAUGUACAGUCCUCCACACACACACCAACACGGCUUUGUGAAUUUUCUGAUUGUGUUGAAUGAAAGUUUCCAGAACACAGAGAAGUGUACUGCCUCUGCUUUGUGUGUUUUUGUGCAUUCAAACCAAUCAUGAGUCCUGAUCGAUUAAAUCCUCCUAGUGUGAUUUACAGACUAAUGCUGAUUAUUAAUGGUUGCUGAUACUUAACUUUUAUUUCAUGAGGCAAAAUCUAAGUGUGACUGAUUUGUGGUGGUGUAUUUAAAUAAAUAAAACAUACAAUCAGUGCUUUUA